AUGAAAUUAGAAUUCUGUAAAGUGAUAGAAUAACAACAUUCUGCGCUUGUAAUGUAGGCCUACAUUAAGGUGGAGAAUGUUGUAGUUCUGUCUCUUACCGAAUAUUUUUAUUGUUUCUCUACGAUCUGAUCUCGAAAGCUGUCUAUGGCUUCCUUUAUCUUCUUCGUUCUUAUGCACUUUUGCCCUUGGGUGUUGCUCAAACACUGUAAGGCUGAGCCCUUUUUCGUUCUGAUCUCGAAAGCUGUCUAUGGCUUCCUCUAUCUUCUUCGUUCUUAUGCACUUUUGCCCUUGGGUGUUGCUCAAACACUCAAUAAAUAUAAGUUAAUAAGCCGACACAUUUUCUUUGGCUUUGUGGAAUUUGAGGUGGCAAGUGCUGUGCAAAGUGCAAUCAAGCCUAUCAAGAACCGGGGUGUUACAUUAUCACUUAUUGGGUGCGGCAAAUAUGAUUUCAUACACUUAUAUUUACAAAAUCAAAGGAUGUUGUAUAAUGAUUUGUUGGAAUUGGUUACGACUGGGAUAUGCUGUUUGUAUCUCUGGAACUUCUGUCAAAUGGGCAUCUGCAGUUCUAGUGUUCUCCUCCUGUUACAGUUUAUAUCAGGAGUGAAAUUAAAGCCAAAGUUGCAAAGACAGCUCUUCUACUUCAGUUCGCUAAAGAUUUUAUCUGCAAAUCGAUGUUAAUCAUUAAGAAUAUUGUUGUAUGUUUAUCACAAUAUUCAAGUUGCUUUUAGCUGUUCAUUUCACUCUAAAAAUUGUAGCAAUUUUAACUUUCCAGAGACCUGAAACCGAACCUCCCAGAAAAUGAGUUUCAAAAUCUGUUCCUCAGUGCUAGGUUGGCCACCAAACUGAAUAUCAUUUCUAACCCUCCAUAUACCAUACACAACAGCACUAAGAACCAGACAGCAUAGCACUCCCAACAUGGACUUAGUUUUCCACUGAUUGCAACCCUCCUCAAUCAAAUCAGACCAGUCAAUAAGAGGAUUCAAGAUAUUACAUUUUUGCAUACGGGUCUUCCAUAUCCGAGAGCAAAAUCCACAACCAAAAAACAAAUGGGUCUUGCUUUCAGUACCAUGGCAACAAAAAAGACAAGUUGUAUUACCUUUAAACCCCCAAGACAGUAACCUAUCUCCAGUAAUGAGCUCAUCAUGAAUGACAGAACACCCAAGUUUCUUUCAUACUAGAUAUUCUGAACCAUUUUUAAGAGAGCAUUUUACUACCUGGAUUCAAGAGGGAUGAAAGUGCAAAGGAAAAACAGAUUAUUGUCCAUUUUCACUUGCUAUCUUGCCUUGACUUCAUGUCGGUUUCCAUAUCUGCUGUUUCUUCUUGUUGUUUAGUUUAUUGUUACAGCAAUAAGUGUGGAGAGCAGAAGCAGGAUGCAGGUUGGAAGGUAUCAUGAGAGCACUAGUUGCCCUUUGAUCAUACAUUUAGAACAACCAUGGACAUGAUGGUCCCUUAAUCUUUCUUUUGGUUUCAAUUUUGCUUUGUUUUCUUGUUUUAGAAGUUCUUAUAAGGAUAAAGAGUUCUCACGUUACAGUAAGGGAUAGGGUUGGCCUUACAAGGUGGUUGUCUUUAUGGUUUUGUUCACCCUAUGAAUGAACAAGGGGAAACAGGUUUCUUUUCUUUUGUUUCAUCUUUCGUCUCUAUUCUCUCUCUUCUUGGUCUCCAAAAUUUCUUUACCUAGGGCUCAAAUGGCAAAACUGCUUUGUUAUUGUCCUCUUAUUCCUUUUGCUUUAUGCAUCAUAUUUUAACCUUUGAAGAAUUGUCCUCUGCUCUUUUACCUACCUUGUUUAUUUGAAAAAGAACAUAUUUGAAGUAAACAACAACAUCUAUAUUGUUCUAUUACUGAAUCACUGAUUGUGACAACUAGUGUUUUUUCUGUUUUUAAAUGUAAGUAGUUGCCAUUUGUGCUAAAUAGAACGAGCUUAACAGCCAACAUCUCUCUCUCUCUCUGUGUUGCAAAAAACUUCCCUCCUCUCUUUCCACUGCAACCUUUUGGUACUCCUCUUCCCCAUUAAUAAACUAAGGUAACUGAAGAAUGUUUUGCAGUACUGUUAUUUCAUUCCAUCUAUGGUUAAUAUAUACAAGAGAUUUGAUGUUUACAAAAGGAAAGAUAAAUUAUGCAAUA